CGCGAAAGAAAUUAAACAUCUAGGGCUUACAAGAAACAAGAUUUUAAAAGCGAAUCACAAGAUAGCUACUUCCCACGAGUCCUCCCGGAAGUAGAUGCAGGAAACAUCAUCUGCCAGUACAUCAGAAGCAACAGCCGGAGAAGAAGAAGCGGAUAGGGCAUCAGGAUGUCACGCAAUAAAGACAAGUACGAAAGCAACAACCCCCGGAGGCAGCAAACAUUUCUGACCGCCGAGGACAUUGCCGCCGGGAAGAAGACGUGCUGGCACGGCAUCGAGAUAACGGGCAGCGUGCGCAACCUUAGCCCGACGCUCUGGAAGUUUGAGCAUCUGACUGCACUGUUCCUGAACGAUAACUGUCUGACGCGCUUGCCGCAUCAAAUUGGUCAGCUGGCCAACCUGCGGACGCUCGAUCUAUCCGCGAACAAGUUGCGCAGUUUACCGGCCGAGCUGGGUGAGCUCAUACAACUACGGGAAUUACUGCUGAACAAUAAUUAUCUGCGAGUGCUUCCGUACGAGCUUGGCAAGCUGUUCAAUCUGCAUGUGCUCGGAUUGCACGGCAAUCCACUCGGCAAGGAUGUGCUGUCGAUCUACAACGAACCGAACGGGACGUCCAAAUUGCUGAUGUACAUGCUGGAUAAUCUGUCAGUUACGGUAGCUCCACCACCUCAGCGGCCCUGGAUCCCUCUAGCUAGACCCAAUCGCAACCGAGGCGCAUGCAUAUUCACGGUCAUGUGCUACAACGUGUUGUGCGAUAAGUACGCGACGAGACAGAUGUACGGCUACUGUCCUAGCUGGGCGCUAAGCUGGGAGUACAGGAAAAAGGCCAUUCUUGACGAGAUACGACAUUACGCGGCGGACAUCAUCAGCCUGCAGGAGGUCGAAACCGACCAAUUUUUCAACUUCUUCAAGCCGGAGCUGAAGAAUGAUGGCUACGAAGGUAUCUUUUCGCCUAAAUCGCGAGCUAAAACAAUGUCUGAAGCGGAUCGAAAGUACGUCGACGGGUGUGCGAUCUUCUUCCGCUCUGCAAAGUUUACGCUCAUCAAGGAGCAUCUGGUCGAAUUCAAUCAGCUCGCGAUGGCUAACGCGGAAGGUUCCGACAACAUGCUCAAUCGCGUAAUGCCGAAGGACAACAUCGGACUUGCAGCAUUGCUGAAGGUAAAGGAAAGUGCGUGGGAAAGCGUUUCGCCAGAAGCGGCCCAAAUUUCGCAACCGAUCCUGGUGUGCACCGCGCACAUCCACUGGGAUCCGGAGUUUUGCGACGUGAAGCUUAUCCAGACGAUGAUGCUGAGCAACGAGCUGAAGACAAUACUGGACGAGGCGGGGCUGAGCUUCCGGCCGGGCCACAAGUUCGAUGUAAAUAACGUGCAGCUGGUGCUGUGUGGUGACUUUAACUCGCUUCCAGACUCGGGUGUGAUUGAAUUUCUAAGUGCCGGGCGUGUAUCAAUGGACCAUCAAGAUUUCAAGGAGCUGGGCUACAAAUCCUGCCUGCAGCGUAUAUCAAAUUGUGAUACACCAAAUGAAUUUACUCAUUCCUUUAAACUAGCGUCAGCGUACAGUGAAGAUAUAAUGCCAUAUACAAAUUAUACAUUCGAAUUUAAAGGUAUUAUCGAUUACAUAUUCUACUCGAAGCAGGGCAUGGUGCCGCUCGGGCUGCUCGGUCCGAUCUCGACCGAAUGGCUGCGGGAGAACAAGGUGGUCGGUUGUCCCCAUCCGCACAUACCUUCCGACCACUUCCCGCUGCUAGUCGAGCUCGAGCUAAUUCAUAUGCCGACGACGGGCGCCCAACCGAACGGGCUGAUCGGUCGAAGGUAGCAAUAAAAUCUGCUAGAGCCCCGUUUAGUAGCCAGCAGGCAGAAUGACAC